GCCAAGCUCCUCGUGCGCCCGCGCUCCCCUCGCCGCCGCCCGGGCCCCUCGGGCUGCGGCCCGCGCGCCGCCCCGUCCCCGCCCCGGGCCCGCGGGCGCCUUGGGUCCUUCUCUCCACCGCCCUGGGCGGGUGCGGGGCGCGGGGCGCGGCGGCAGGGGCCGCGGGGGGACGGCGGGGCCCAGGCCGGCCCGUUUCCGGCCUCCGCGCGCCCCGUCCCGAACGCACGCGGCGGCCGCGCGCCCCUCCCCGCUUCCCGUCCGGUCUCCGCGCGCACGCGCGGCCCCUCGCGUGGCCCUUCCGGCGCCCCGUCCCCCCUUCGCGCCCCUCGUGGGGCCCUUCCCGCGCCCCGUACCCCCUCCGCGCGCCCCGUGUGGCCCUUCCCGCGCCCCGUCCGGCCCCCGCGCGCGCGUGCGCAGCUCCCCGCGCCUCCGUCGCCCUCCUGGUGCGCGUGCGCGGCCUUUCCCGCCGCGCGGACUCUGCCCCCGGCCCCCCCGUAGCCGCGGGCCCGGGCGCGGCCGGAGACGCCGCCUCCUCCCGGAAGGGCGCGGGCCCCGCUCGCCCCCGCCCGCGGCCCACAAAGCACGGCCGCGCGCCCCCUUUGUUCCCGCCGGGGGCGGGGGGCCUGCCGGCCGCUCGCGGAGCCCCCCGGGGCGCGGCGGCUACACUGUGUCUGCGCCGCGCUACAAAGUAUCCGCGCAGCAGGCUUGCGGUUACGGCUGCUGCCGGGCCCCGGGGAAGGCGCUGGAGCCCCGGAGAGACGAAACCCGCUUUCAAGCGGUUUCUCGUCCUGCACGUUGUCAUUGUCCCAGACAUAGCAGUUGGUACAAAGCGGGGAUCUGACGAGCUCUUCUCUGCCUGUGUCACCAACGGACCCUUUAUCAUGAGCAGUGGCUCAGCCUCCGCAGCCAACGGAAAUGAUAGCAAGAAGUUCAAAGGUGACAACAGGAGCUCGGGCGUGCCCUCGAGGGUGAUCCACAUCCGGAAGCUCCCCAGCGACGUCACUGAGGGCGAGGUCAUUUCUCUGGGGCUUCCUUUCGGGAAGGUCACCAAUCUCCUGAUGCUGAAAGGGAAGAACCAGGCCUUCAUCGAGAUGAACACGGAGGAGGCGGCGAACACCAUGGUGAACUACUACACGUCUGUGACGCCCGUGCUGCGCGGCCAGCCCAUCUACAUCCAGUUCUCCAACCACAAGGAGCUCAAGACUGACAGCUCGCCCAACCAGGCGCGGGCCCAGGCAGCCCUGCAAGCCGUGAACUCCGUGCAGUCGGGCAAUCUGGCCCUGGCCGCCUCAGCCGCCGCAGUGGACGCCGGGAUGGCGAUGGCCGGCCAGAGCCCGGUGCUCCGGAUCAUCGUGGAGAACCUCUUCUACCCGGUGACCCUGGACGUGCUCCACCAGAUCUUCUCCAAGUUCGGCACCGUGCUGAAGAUCAUCACGUUCACCAAGAACAACCAGUUCCAGGCACUGCUGCAGUACGCCGAGCCUGUGAGCGCCCAGCACGCCAAGCUGUCGCUGGAUGGCCAGAACAUCUACAACGCCUGCUGCACGCUGCGCAUCGACUUCUCCAAGCUCACCAGUCUCAAUGUCAAGUACAACAACGAUAAGAGCCGUGACUACACGCGCCCCGACCUGCCCUCCGGCGACAGCCAGCCGUCGCUCGACCAGACCAUGGCCGCCGCCUUCGGUCUCUCCGUCCCCAACGUGCAUGGGGCCCUGGCCCCUCUGGCCAUCCCGUCAGCGGCGGCGGCCGCGGCGGCAGCGGGCCGGAUCGCCAUCCCAGGCCUGGCAGGGGCGGGAAACUCUGUCCUGCUGGUCAGCAACCUCAAUCCCGAGAGAGUCACACCCCAAAGCCUCUUUAUUCUCUUCGGCGUGUACGGCGACGUGCAGCGGGUGAAGAUCCUGUUCAACAAGAAGGAGAACGCGCUGGUGCAGAUGGCCGAUGGCAGCCAGGCCCAGCUGGCCAUGAGCCACCUCAACGGGCACAAGCUGCACGGGAAGCCGGUGCGCAUCACGCUGUCGAAGCACCAGAACGUGCAGCUGCCCCGGGAGGGCCAGGAGGACCAGGGCCUCACCAAGGACUACGGCAGCUCGCCGCUGCACCGCUUCAAGAAGCCCGGCUCCAAGAACUUCCAGAACAUCUUCCCGCCCUCGGCCACUCUGCACCUCUCCAACAUCCCGCCCUCCAUAUCUGAGGACGACCUCAAGAUCCUCUUCUCCAGCAACGGCGGGAUCGUCAAGGGAUUCAAGUUCUUCCAGAAGGACCGGAAGAUGGCGCUGAUCCAGAUGGGCUCCGUGGAGGAGGCCAUCCAGGCGCUCAUCGACCUGCACAACCACGACCUGGGCGAGAACCACCACCUGCGAGUGUCCUUCUCCAAGUCCACCAUCUAGGCCCGCCACCGAGGACCAGCCGCCGCGCCCGGCCACCACUUCCAUCAUUCCAGAAAAAAGCCACUUUAAAAAGCAGCUGAAGUGACCUUAAGACCAGAGAUUUUAUUUUUUUAAAGAGAAAUCAGUUGACCUGUUUUUAAAAAAAUCAAAAUCUAAUUCACCUUGGGGAGACGGGGUGCCGGCCUCAGGCUCCUGGCGACGCUGGGCAGGGCGCCUGCCCCCGCCCUGUGCCUUCCGCUGCCCGCGGGGCGGGCGCCCCAACCUCCACGGCUCCCCUGUGCCUUAAACCUGCCGCUCCCCCCAGCGGGCCUCGCGGUAGAGGCGCGUGGGCUUGGGGCCGUGGCCUGGCGGCUGAGGCCGACCCCCAUGUAAUCAAGUGUGCGACCCCCAGGCCGCCCCCUUCAGCUUCGUGAUCUCGUGCUUCGAUGCGCUGCACGCCCGUGCCUAGCAAUAUCUCAGUUGACCAAAUAUGCUAAUCUUUUUCAUUUAUAUGCAAAAGACAUAGUUUUAAGUACCUUUUUAUAGCGAGAUGAUAAGAAUGGGUGUGAGUGUAACCUGUCUCCUCCUCGCGCUGUGACCUGUAUACUGUACUUAUUUGUAUUCCUGUAAUGAAGUCGCAGGGCAGGGUCCAGUCUCCAGGGCGGCCCCCGAUGCCUUACACCCGCCCGUCCUCUGCCUCGAGGACCGGCGCUCCUCAACUUUCAGGGCUACUUUUUCCUGCAAAUUUUGGACCAAAGUUUUCUGUUGCGUCUGCCCCUGACGCUGGGACCCCGGAUGGGACCAAGGCCCUGGAGUCUUCACUGUCUCCUUUGGCCUCGUCCUGCCCUCGCGGGUCCAGGGGGCUCCCUGUGCAGACCCCGAGCUGGCCGGCUCUCCCUGGGGCCUGGACCCCACGUUUCCAGAUGGGGUGAACAAGGGUGUAGAUAUUUAUAAUUUUUUAUACCUGUUGUAAGAUGUGAGGGGCAGCAAACGCGGUUUUUUAUGGGGACACACAGAUGUAUAUUUUGAUAACAGCGACUACAGGCUCAGUAUUGUAACGGAGCCCGGCGUCCACUGCCCGCCGGCUUGUAAUGCGGAGAGAAGCGAAUUAAAGCAAUUUUAUAACAAC